CUUUCUGACCUCACCUUCUUUGCAAGCGGCUUCUACGCACCUUCAAUUGGCGCUGUUGACCGCACAAGCAAAACCGUCUGCGCUCAUCCGAUUUGCAUAGACUCAAAUACUUCGGUCGGGUGGGCUGUGCAAAGCGUUGGUGGUGCCUUUUCCAGCGUGAAGGAAGAAGCACUGAUCCUCUUACCAGCAAUGCAAAAGAGCGCAAGCAUCGCCUGCACUCGACAGCGCACACAGCUGAGCUGAUCAGCCUCGCCACGCUUUCUAUACCUUUUGCCCAGUGCAAAACACUGGUGCGGCCAGCAUGGCGCCAUCUGCCGAUGGAAUGAACUCAUCAGAGUCAGCACCCCGCCGGCGAGCCGACUCGCAGCUCUCGCCUCCACCAACGCCCACAAUCAUGUCACUCAAUCAGCAAAGCCCCGUGGACAAGGGAGAAGGACCUAGCAGACUAGCACCUCCAUCGAGCCCACGAAAAUCCAGCGUCAGUCGGACCGGCGCCGCCUUGCCGAUCGAGGCAUUCCUGCCAGGGAGUCCCGCCUCUAGCCCCACGGCAUCCAUGAGACUUUCGAAGAGCGGUCUGGGCUCGCUCGCCUCUCACCAUGCACUCUAUCCACCGCAAGCUGCACCCCAGGAGGCAUUCCCGCGUGCCAGAAGGAGGCCCAAGCGCUCAUCGCAGCGCAAGGAAAUGGGUCUACCUGUCAUACGCAACGUCUCACGACUCUCCGCCAAGAUUUCCGCUCGGGUGGAAAGAUUGUUUCGCAAACAUGGAGCCAAUGUGUCAAGACAUCCAAUUCGGACCCUACUCCUUUGUUGUCUUCUCAUCACCUCACUCUUCUACCCUGCAGCUGGCAUAUACCUAUGGUCAUCUCAGGGCGGCCCAGGAAUAAGCCGCAGCGAUACGUCGAGCGUGUGGCGGACACUUUCUACCCCACUGCUAGAUUCUUUCGCUUCCUCUGGUCGAACUCAUCACAACUCACUAAGGGAUUUGCGAAUGGUGUGGGAUGACGCAGCAGACCUUUUUGCUCAAGAUCCGCGAGACUGGAUGCCCGAGCGCCAUAAGGCUCGCCCACCGAAAUGCGCUCGUCUGGAGCACGUCCUAUUCACGACAGAUGACGUUAUGAGAGGAGAGGCCGGAAGGCGAGGCGUCCUGGAAGCGCCUGUUCUGAACUCCGCAUACAGACUACAAUCCGCCUUGGAGACACGGCUGAAGUCAGUCGGAGGGGAGAAUACCCCGAGGUGUAUUCAAAAUCUGAGCGGGGCAUGCCUCACUUUGGGGCCUCUCGACUACUGGCCUGAGGGCUCAUUUCCUCUGAAGGCGGAUGCCCAGGCUAGCACCGAGCUUCUCGCAUCCUCAGUCAAUCAGUCUGCGAGGGGUGUUCCUGUUUCUCUAGAGACUACCUUGGCUGGUCGAUCGCACAUGUUCGCACGCAAUCCUCGCGCAGAAUUUCUUGCCUUCAGCUUUUGGCUAGAGCAGGCUCAAUGCGGCAACACCACUGGCAAUGAGCACGUCAAUUUCCGCGCUCUCCUUUCGGACAUCGCAAUCGGUACGCGCAUAGUGGAAAGCGAGCACCAGACAGCGAAGUCGGUGUUGGUUCGAUUUGCACCGGACAAGCGCACUCCUCGAGCACAUCAGAUCAUGCUUGCUUUGGGCUACUUGGGGUUCCUGCUCUACAUUGGCCGAGGCUUAGUGCGAAUGCGCAAGGUACACUCACGCUUUGGUCUGGCUUUCACCGGGUUCACCGAGCUGCUCAUCAGUAUGAUUAUGAGCGUAAGCAUCUGUGCUCUUUGCGGCGUUCGUUUGACCGCCGUGCCAUGGGAAAUUCUCCCCUUCGUCAUCGUAGUAGUCGGAUCCGAAAACAUGUUCGUCCUAGCCAACGCAAUCGUGUCGACCCCGAUCAGUCUUUCAGUCGCCUCUCGCGUCGCCGCUGGCCUAGGCGCUGCGGGCGUGUCCAUUGCGGUCACUGUGCUGAGCGACGUGCUCCUUCUCAGUGCAAUCGCCAUGCUCGUGCAUGUUGCGGCUGUGCGCGAAUUCUGCAUUUUCGCCAUUUGCAGCCUGCUGGUAGACUUUGUCAUGCAAAUGACUUUCUUCGUGACGGUAUUUAGCAUCGACUUACAGCGACUGGAGCUCGCGGAUCUUCUUGCUCAAGGUGUCCGCAGUGUAGAGCAGGACAGGCCGCUCGCAGCGGAACAGGAAGCUGAUGCCUCCGCAGCACAAGCGACAGCCCUCUCUACACGUCGAGUGGCGCACAAAGAAGAGCAGCGCACCGGCUCAUUCAUCAGAAUGAGCUGUCGCGCAGUAUGGCGAGCUCGCACGGCUCGGACAGCCAGCUUAUCGAUUCUCUUGGCUGCUAUGUUCGGCUUGUACCUUUACUAUGGAACUGGAUACCAGUCACAGGAUCUGUACGGGCCUAGCCUCCCAUUCGCGGACAUACACGGCGUCUCAGCUUCCUUGCCCACGCGCAGCACUUUGACUAGCGCUCCCCGAUCAUCCAACGCCGAGACAAGGCUGGAGCCCACUGAUGGCGUCUCGGAUCCCUUUGAUCCGCUGGGGCAUCUAUCGGCCGCCGAAAGCUCCUCCUCGGAUGCGGCACCAUGGUGGAUGGAUUCUCCCUCCGCUUCCUUCUGGAUGUCUCUCAAUCCAGACGGAGCGCCUCAUGUUCGCGUGGCCGUCGAGCCGUGGUCGAUUGUGUCUCUGCGCUCCGCCAAGGGUGCAACUCCGCAACACACGCGCAAACUGCCUUUCGCUUCUUGGGCUCUCUUCCGUCCUCGAAUCCGCGCCAUCAUCUGGUUCCUGAAACUGUCUGUCCUCCCAAUAGGAGGAACGACGGGGCUACUUUGGAUCCUGCUCUUGUAUCUCUUGAAGGACACCGAAUUGCUAGAUGCUCAGCGUGACAAAGGCACCAUCAGCGAAGAAGAAGGCGAAAGCGAUGUAUCCAGGUCAGGUACCAACUCCCUCAAUGACGACUCGAUCGAUGUCUCCUUGACAGCACUCACGGGAGUUCACGCGACGGAUAUCAUCUUGACCGAUGCAGAUGGCUCAUACAUAGCUAGCGUGGGCAUCGACUCUUCCAUCAUUGUCUGGGACACCAAAGCGGCCAGCAGGAAGGUCCGCACACACCGCAUUACUGUCCAAUCUCUUGGGGGAACAGACACGACUGCCGUCACUUGCGUCGAGCUGAGUGCAUCUGAUGAACUGCUGGCUGUCGGACAACGCAGUGGCUUUGUCACGAUCUACUCGCUCGCAUCGCAGCAGGUAACCCAUCGCUGGCAGCCAACGACUGGCCCGGUCCAAUUGGUGACAUUCUCACGUAGCGCGAUGCGUGAGUUGCGCGUCACAUCUGCGCACCGAGAUGGAUCGGUCUGGACGUGGCUAGAUGCUCCGGCACCUCAAUGCGAGCCUUCCGUGCAGCCUCGUUUGGACACCAGCUGGACAGCUCAGCGCUUCCAUCACAGUUCGUGUUACUUCGCGCUGUCUGCCCCGAAUCGCCAAAUUGAGGUGUAUCACAUUGGUACGCAGGGUGUGGCGCCCGUCUCCACGAUCCCUGGCCCAGCAAAUGGUCUGGUGCGAAGCCUAACAAGCGCGGCACCUGGCCAUCAGGGAUUAGCGCCCGAGUCGGGGGUCUCCUCCUUCCUUGACGACGUUGAUGUGGUCCUCAGCGGCACAUCCACCGGCACAGUGCAAGCCUGGCAGUUGUCCACUGGGAAUCUCAUUGGUCAAACCGCUCUCGCAGACGGACCGGUCCAAGAUCUCUUCUGUAUCUCAGACCAUGAGCAACGCAACCAGCCCUACGAAACUUUCGCUGCUGUCACGCAAGCAAAGGUCACUAUUUUACGUCUGAGCAAUGGACAAGUGCUAGCCUCAACGAUGUCAGACUUGUCGCCUGGCGCGCCCACUUCAUCUGCUUCGCGUCCCUCUCCACCGAGCUCUUACCGACGGACGGCGAGCGAAACAAGUGUGUCAGGUGCAACAUCUACGUCUUUGCCUCGCCCGCGCCACGGAUCUCGCCCUCCAUCUGCCGGCGGCUCAGAAUCCGGACAUGAACUUGUCGUGGGCAGACCUCGCGCACCUAAGGGCUCCUCUGAAUCAGGGUCUCAGGAUCAACCUGAGAUUCCGACGCACUUCGACAAUUUGACGGUUGUGAUGUGCUUGCCUUGUCAUCGUGGCAGUGCGGUAGUCCUUCGGACCUCGGGCGACAGCUCGCGCCUGGCUGGCGUCCGAAGACGACGCCGAAGCGAAGAAACAAGCACUGGCACCGGAGAUAGUCGGGGCUCCUGGGAAUACUGGGAGCUGGAAUGUGCGGAGUUGUCAGAAAAAGGCUCGUCCCAGUCCUUGAAGGUCAGGACCUGUCCUAUUGAUUUGGAACGCCUCAUUACAAGCGAUGAGAGGUCACCGAGCUCGGCUGAUUCGGACAGCGAUGAGGAUGGCUCGCGGCGGCUCACACCUCACGCUUCUCGGCGAAUCGAGUCUCGCAAGAUCCAUGUCGCAGCUCGUGGCCCAAACGCGCUGCUUUCUUUUGCGCGCGUCUCGCUCAUCAAAUCUGUAAUCCCCGUGACUGGGUUCGCUGAGAGGGCAUCUGACGAAGCUCUGUUGCAAUCCUUGGCUGCUGUUCGCGAGCGGCGUCGAUCGCUCGUCAUUGCCUUUGGCAAUUCUUUGGCUCGACUUUCGAUCGCAAGUCCGCCCCAUCCUCGGGCUGGCACAUUCGGUAGCGUCUCCUCAGCAACGGCCUUCGCCAUGCACCCAGCUUAUGAUCGACCUUCCUCCACACUCAUGCGUCGUCGUCGCUCGCGCUUCGAGUGAUUACGCGAAGCAAAGCGUGACCUUUUCAGAAGCGCACAUAAAAAUACUUGUCCGACCGACUCUGCCCAUCACUUUUCAUCCUCAAAACGUUUCGCCAUGCGCUCGCUUCCCCAUCCGCCAACGCACCGAGCGCCAAUUUCUAUCUGCGCCGGCCUCCGCAUCCUGUCCUCUUGCGUUACACGUGACUAGCAUGUACGCUGUAUACGAACGUAGCUCCUUGCACAUGUACCGGCUGGCUUGGCCUAUUACCUGCACAUGUGUUUCCACGUGAUGCGUCAACGACACACUGCAACCAAUUGCUCUGUCAACAGAAGG